AUGGCGAUAUCAACGAAACAAAAGUCAACUGUUCCAAAUUUUGAUCCUGGAAAUUCUUUAUAUUCUACUAAUGAAUCUUUGACUGCUCAAGAUAUUGAAAAUUAUUUUCGUUUUGGUUCAGCUCGAUCCAGUUCUUCAACAAACUCUACUGCUAACUCAACAUCAAAUAUUAGUGAACCUAAAAUAGUUCAAUAUCUUCGCCCAACAUCAUUUGAACAACAACAAAAAGAAGUUCAACAAUUAAAUAAAAAUAAACUCGACAUUGUUCCAUAUGCAGCAUUUCAUGAAAAAAAAAAAUUGUUAGCAAUUGGUCAAAAAGCUUAUGCUCGGGAUUUUCAACGAAAAUUUGAUAAUGAAUUUUUACAACAUUGUAGUAAAGAUCAAACAGAUCUUGAUGAUGUUCCAAGUGAAGCUGAUAAAGAAGAAAUUCGUCAUGUAUUUGGUAUAUCACAUGCAUUAGAAACAUUUGAUGAUUAUGAAGAUUUAAAACAAUGGAUCAAUCAAGAUACAACAUUACCUGUUUAUUCACAAAAAGAUAAAAUUUUAUCAACAAUUGAAACAAAUUCUAUAACAGUUAUUCAAGGAAAUACUGGAUCAGGAAAAUCAACUCAAAUACCUCAAUAUAUAUUAGAUGAUUAUGUUGAACGUUCAAAACCAGUUAAUAUAGUUGUAACACAACCUCGACAUAUUGCUGCUCGUUCACUUUGUGAACAUGUAUCACAUUCACGUAAUUGGACUGUUGGACAAACAGUUGGUUAUCAAACAAGUUUAAAUAAACAACGUUGUGAAUUAACAAGAAUUCUAUAUUGUAUUACCGGUAUUCUGUUACAAAAAUUAAUUUUAACAAAAAAUUUACAAGAUUUUACACAUAUUAUUCUUGAUGAAGUUCACGAACGUGAUCAAUCAAUGGAUUUUCUUUUAAUAUUAGUUCGUAUGUUAUGGCUUCGAAAUUCUCAAAAUGUUAAAAUUAUUUUAAUGUCAGCAACAAUUGAAAUUGAUAAAUUAACUAAUUAUUUUCGUCAAGUUAUUAACGGACGAAUUGUUCCAGCAUAUUAA